AUGGCGGAACGCAAGCUCACUCAGAUCCUGAACCAGCUCAAGUCCUCGCGGACCUACCCGGAGCAGGCGAAGCUGCUCUCCAAGGCCAAAUUGGCCCUGCUGCAGCUGGGCGCCCUGACACCGUCCCUGACCAACGACAGCGGCAGCGCCGUCCCCGCCUCCGUGCUGGCCCUCGCCCGCGAGGCUUUUGAGCAGGGCGCUCUGUGCAGCAUCCGCGCCCAGGACGCCGACGCGUUCACGCGCUACGUGCAGCAGCUGGCGCCGUUCUACGCGCUGCCCGGCGCCGUUCUGCCGCCCAACGUGGCCGAGCGCAACAAGGUCACCGGCCUCUACCUUUUGCUGCUGCUGACCGAAGGCCGGUACGGCGAGUUCCACUCGGAGCUGGAGAGCAUCAGCACGCGCGAGGGUGCCGGCUCCGAGGACGACCGGUACUUGGGCUACCCGAUCCGCCUUGAGCGGUGGCUGAUGGAGGGCAGCUACGACCGCGUGUGGAAGGCCAUGAAGCAGGGCGAGGAGCCGUGCGAGGAGUACAGCGUCUUCUCCGAGAUCCUCACAUCGCAGGUGCGCUCCGAGAUUGCCUCCAGCAGUGAACGCGCCUACCCGUCGCUGCCCCUGAGCUCCACCAAGUCUCUGCUGUUCCUCGACUCCGAAGGCGCCGUUGUCGAGUUUGCCCGCCACCGUGGCUGGACCGUCAAGGACGGCCAGAUCUACUUCCCGUCGGCAGCGUCCGCCACCGCUGGCGGCGCACCCCACGCUCCUGCUCCAGAUGGCACCGUCACAGCCGUGGACGGCCUGACACAAGAGCCGGCUGAGAAGGAGGUCAGUCAAAUGGUGAUUGAGAAUGUGCUGGGCUACGCACGGCAGUUGGAGACGAUUGUCUAA